AUGUCAUCUCGGACUCAAGAGACCAUCGCUGCUCUGGACGCAGUCCAGGUUGAUGCUUUUGGUGGUAAUGAGGUAGAGCGUCUGCAGGUACGCGCUGCUGCGCGUCGACUUCUUGCUAGAGUGGAGACACCUUAUGAGCGUGCAUGGGGUUUCUGCUUUGAGCAUCCCGUUGUUUUUGCAGCUUUGCAGACUUGCAUUGAUACUGGCCUUUGGCAACACUGGAGUGAGGUGGAAGGAGGCGAAAAAUCCAUUGAUGAGCUGGUACAAUUGACUACUCCCACAGUGGACACGAACCUGCUACGUCGAUUGUUCCGCUUAUUAGCGGCUUUCAACGUUGUUGAAGAGACUGGGGAAGACAGAUUCAGGCCAACUCCAUUCUCAUAUGCGAUCGGUGAUGAUAAUACCAAAGUUCGGGCCUCCCUACAAGCAGCAACAUAUCAAUACAUUGCAGCAGGCCACAACUUGCCCUCCUAUCUCGCCAAGACCUCUUACAAGGAACCCACUGAUAUCAACGUGAAUAACUAUUCGGAAGCCGACAAGGAUGGACUCAACUUCUUCGGGAGGUUGCAGAGAAGCCCAGAGUAUUUUGAAGCUUUCACUGGCCAUAUGGAAGCAUGGACCGCAUGGAAGACUCCGCUGACGGAGGUAUACGAUACCAUGGCACUACUAGAGGGUGCAAAACUAGAUGAUGGGUCUCCAUUCAUGGUGGAUGUUGGUGGAAAUACUGGCAUUGACAUUUCCCGUGUCCUCGAGAAGCAUCCGGACCUUCCCGCCGGAUCACUGGUUCUACAGGAUCUUCCUGAGGUGAUUGUCAAUGCUCAGGUUGAUGACAAGGUGACCGCAAUGACUCAUGACUUUUUCUUGCCGCAGCCUGUGAAAGGGAGUCGUGCUUACUUCAUGCACGCCGUUCUUCACGAUUGGCCCGAUGACAAGGCUCGGCUGCUUCUUGAAAACACCAAAGCAGCGAUGGUUAAGGGUUAUUCGAAACUCCUUGUCUACGACAUUGUUCUUCCACCGACAGGCGCAAGUAUUAGCCAGAGCACGAUGGACGUGAAUAUGAUGUCGUUGUUGUCAGCUUCUGAACGGACUCAGGGCGCAUGGGAAAAGCUACUGACUGAUUCUGGCUUUAAGAUUGUCAAAUUAUGGCCCGACCCUCAACAGUACGAGAUGAUUAUUGAGGCUGAGAUCGCGUAG